GUCUGUAAUACUAACCGUCGUCCAAGGCUGGACGGAAGAGCGUGAACGACUGCGACGACAUAGCGAUGGAAUUUGUGCCCGCCCCAGCCGUGCACAGAGUCUUGUGUGCUGAUUGCGGUACCCCGAUUGUCCCUAAUUCUGCCAAUUUAUGUGUAGCAUGUCUGCGUAACUCAGUUGACAUUACGGAGGGCAUCCCAAAACAAGCGGCACUGACGUUCUGUCGAAAUUGUGAACGGUUCUUGACGCCUCCGACGGCGUGGACAAUCGCCGAACCUGAAUCGCAGGAGCUUCUCGCGAUAUGCUUAAAGCGUUUGAAGGGACUGAACAAGGUCCGGUUAACAGAGGCUCACUUUAUUUGGACGGAACCGCAUUCGAAGAGACUGAGGGUAUCCCUGACGAUUCAGAAGGAGGUCCUGACUGCCACAAUACUUGAGCAAGUCUUCGAGAUUGAAUACCUUGUGCAGUACACGCAAUGUCCGGAUUGCUCCAGACAAGCUGCGAAGAAUACUUGGAAGGCCGUCGUCCAAGUACGACAGAAAGUGCCCCAUAAACGAACUUUCUUGUUCCUGGAACAGCUGAUUCUCAAGCAUGGUGCUCAAAAGGACACGAUCUCCGUGAAAGAAGUAAAAGACGGCUUGGAUUUCUUCUACAGUCAGCGGAGUCAUGCCAUUAAGAUGGUGGAGUUCCUGAGUAGCGUAGUCCCCGUAAGGUCAAAAUCAUCCGAGCAGCUGUUGUCAGCAGAUACGCACUCGAAUACGGCGAACUACAAGUAUACGUACUCCGUGGAGAUUAUGCCGAUAUGCAAAGACGAUUUAGUAUGUAUACCGCAGAAGCUAGCACGGCAACUAGGAAACAUCAAUCCCCUGACGAUCUGCAGUCGGGUUGGUAAUACCAUCCACCUUCUUGACGUCUCUACAUUGCAGCAAGCCGAACUCUCUGCCCCCACAUACUGGCGCACUCCCUUUGACUCGCUGGCAACUGUGACAGACCUCGUAGAGUUUACCGUGCUGGACAUUGAGCCCUCUGGACCCCGACGGGGCAAGCUCGUCCUUGCCGACGCGCAGGUCGCGAUGUCAGGCGCAUUCCGUUCCUCGGGCACGCAGGACGACGGCGACGCGCUGAUGGACUACGAGAGCUCUUCCUACGCGAACCAGAUCUACCAUACGCGCACGCACCUUGGCGCGAUCCUGCAGCCAGGAGACGCCGUCUUGGGAUACCACCUGAGCAAUACGAACUUCAACUCGGACGACUACGCGCGCCUGCCGGCGGAGCGUAUACCCGACAUUUUGCUCGUGAAGAAGGCGUACCCGAACCGACGCAAGAAGUCGCGCCCGCGGAACUGGAAGCUCCGUAGCAUUGCCAAGGAGGCGGCGGAGGACACGGACGGGAAGGGCGUCAUCGGCCGCAUGGGUGGCCGCGAUCAGAAGAAGGUCGAGGAGGAUUACGAGCUGUUCUUGCGGGAGCUCGAGGAGGACCCCGAGCUGCGCGGCUCGGUGAACCUGUACAAGGCGCCGGAUGUCAAGCCUGGCGCCGGUUCGGGUAUGGCGGGCGGGAAGACGAGGAAGAAGGCGCAAUUUGCGAUGGACGUGGAUGACGCGCCCGCGCCUGUGCCGGAAGAGACGGAGUCAGUGAUGGGCGACGGGGAGGAGGAAGAGGACGAGCCGGAUUUCCCGGAGGUCAAGCUAGACGAGCUGCUGGACGAGUUUGACGAGAUGACUCUGGAGGAUCAGGGACAGUCAUAGGGGGAUGUUUAGGAGUUAUACUUAGAUUGUACGAUCUUGUUUUGUAUCCCAGUAACGUGGCAUAUUCAUAUGUUCUCUAGCCCUGACGUCGGUCUUCAGGCAAGUCAGUGGAUAGUAAUUCAAUUUAUUUAAAUCGUGUUCUUCCCUCUGCAGACAGGAG